AUGGAGGAGGUGAUGAAGGAGGUGAUGGAGGUGGUGAUGGAGGAGAUGAUGGAGGAGGUGAUGGAGGAGGUGAUGGAGGAGUUGAUGGAGGAGGUGAUGGAGGAGGUGAUGAGGAGCCACGACUCCGUGAAGCUGAUCAAGUUCGCGGACGACACCACCCUCAUUGGACUCAUCUCCAACAACGAUGAGUCCGCCUACAGGAGGGAGGUGGACCGGCUGGUGUCCUGGUGCAGUGGUAACAACCUGGAGCUGAACGCCCAGAAGACAGUGGAGAUGAUUGUGGACUUCAGGAAGAGCACUGUCCCCCCGCCCCCACCCUCCGUGAUGGACUCCCCCAUCACCUCUGUGGAGUCCUUCCGUUUCCUGGGCACCACCAUCACCCAGGACCUCAAGUGGGAGCCGACCAUCAGCUCCCUCAUCAAGAAGGCCCAGCAGAGGAUGUACUUCCUGCGGCAGCUCAGGAAAGCCAAGCUGCCUGCACAGAUGUUGGUGCAGUUCUACACGGCCAUCAUCGAGUCCAUCCUCACCUCCUCCAUCACCGUGUGGUUCGCUGGAGCCACAGUCAGGGACAAACAGAGACUACAGCGCAUUGUGCGCUCUGCAGAGGAAGUGAUCGGCCGCAGCCUUCCAUCGCUGCAGGACCUUAUCAAGCUGUUACUACGUUCUCACUUGCGGAGAAGACAUAUGCGGCCCAGCAGGACGGCAGAGCGCUCACUGCGGGAGACGAUGGCUUCACAGUGA